CACCCUGGCUCUCCUCUGCGUAACCCGCUCAAAGCCGCGGUCUCCACCCUGGAGGCCGAAGCCCGGGUCACUGCCCCUCUCGCUUGAGCCUCUGGCCUGGGCGUCCAGCGCUGGGCCUUGCCCCGCCCGUCUGCCCGCUUCACACUGCAUCCAACCCCCGAAUUCGCGCCACACCACCCCGGAGCCAGGGUGAGGGCGGCCAGCCUGGUUCUGGUCCCCAGGCCCCUCCGAACUCUUGACAUCUGCGGCUGCACCUCUCCCUGACCAGGCUGCUUGACCAGGGCCCACCGCCUGACCCCCAGCUCUCUUCCUGGGAAGGCAGGAGAGGUGGGCAGGCCUUCCCACCUGCUCCCUCCCCGCCCCGCCCCCCCCCUCCAAGGAGGACACAGAGGCUCCCCUCAGCCAUUUCCAUGGCCUGUUCGCUGUCUUUAUUUCCCAACCAUGACCCCCAACCAUGUUCAGCCUGUGGCCUCCUUGCUUCUCUUGACUUGCCCUGCGCUGAGUGUCCCAUCUUCCCCAGCACGACAUUGAACAGGAGGACCCCCGGGGGCGCACUCCCCUGGAGCUGGCUGUGUCCCUGGGGAACCUGGAGUCCGUGAGAGUCCUCCUUCGACACAAUGCCAAUGUGGGCAAAGAGAGCUGCCAGGGCUGGGCAGGAGGCAGUCAGCACUGGGGACCCCGAGAUGGUACAGCUGGUGCUCCAGUAUCGGGACUACCAGAGGGCCACACAGAGGCUGGCUGGCAUUCCAGAACUACUCAACAAACUCCGCCAGGCUCCCGAUUUCUACGUGGAGAUGAAGUGGGAGUUCACCAGCUGGGUGCCUCUCGUGUCCAAGAUGUGCCCGAGUGACGUGUACCGAGUGUGGAAGCGGGGGGAGAGCCUGCGGGUGGACACCAGUCUGCUGGGCUUCGAGCACAUGACCUGGCAGCGUGGCAGGAGGAGCUUUAUCUUCAAGGGCCGGGAGGCAGGAGCCUUGGUGAUGGAAGUGGACCACGACCGGCAGGUGGUGCACACCGAGACGCUGGGGCUCGCCCUGCACGAGCCGGAAGCGCUGCUGGCCGCCAUGCGACCCAGCGAGGAGCACGUGGCCAGCCGGCUCACCUCGCCUAUCGUCUCCACCCACCUGGACACGCGCAAUGUGGCCUUCGAGAGGAACAAAUGUGGUAUCUGGGGCUGGCGGUCUGAGAAGAUGGAAACCGUUAGCGGCUACGAGGCCAAGGUAUACAGUGCCACCAAUGUGGAGCUGGUGACACGCACCCGCACGGAGCACCUCUCGGACCAGGACAAGUCGAGGAGCAAAGCAGGGAAGACUCCAUUCCAGUCCUUCCUCGGGAUGGCCCAGCAGCACUCCUCCCACAGCGGGGCUUCUGUGCAACAGGCCGCCAGCCCCACCAACCCCACAGCCAUUUCCCCCAGUGAAUACUUCGAUCCCAACUUCAGCCUGGAGUCGAGAAACAUCGGCCGCCCCAUUGAGAUGUCCAGCAAAGUGCAGAGGUUCAAGGCCACACUGUGGCUGAGUGAGGAGCACCCGCUCUCCCUGGGUGACCAGGUGACACCCAUCAUUGACCUGAUGGCCAUCAGCAACGCCCACUUUGCCAAGCUGCGUGACUUCAUCACCCUGCGCCUCCCCCCUGGCUUCCCGGUCAAGAUUGAGAUUCCCCUCUUCCACGUGCUCAACGCCCGCAUCACCUUCAGCAACCUGUGUGGCUGCGACGAGCCCCUGAGCUCCGUGUGGGUGCCGGCCUCCGGCUCCGGCGGCCCGGGAUCAGGGAGCCCUUUCCCGUGCGAGGUGGACCCCGCCGUGUUCGAGGUGCCCGAGGGGUACAGCGUGCUGGGUGCAGAGCGCAGCGAGCCCCUCCGCGACGAGGACGACGACCUGCUGCAGUUUGCCAUCCGGCAGAGCCUGCUGGAGGCGGGCGCGGAGGCCGAGCAGGUGACCGUCUGGGAAGCGCUGACCAACACCCGGCCCGGGGCGGCUCCUGCCCAGGCUGCCGCUUACGAGGAGCAGCUUCAGCUGGAGCGGGCCCUCCAAGAAAGCCUGCGGAUGUCCACGGAGCCCAGUGGCCCAGAAUCCCCUCACAGGACACCCCCGGCCCCGGCACCCCCAAGCUUUGAGGAACAGCUUCGCCUGGCCCUGGAGUUGUCCUCGAGGGAGCAGGAGGAGCUGGAACGACGGGGCCAGCAGGAGGAGGAGGACUUAGAGAGGAUCCUGCAGCUCUCGCUCACCGAGCACUGAGCCCCGAGCCCCUGGGAGGGCUGUCUGGGCUGCUCCCCACCUGCUUUUGUAACUUAUUUAUUUAUAAACUCUCUGCUGCUGAGCUGGGGGCCUGGGGCCCUGGAGGUGGGCCUGCAGUGGAGACCGAGGUGGAAAUAAAGAGACUUUCAGCAGCA